UUCCCUGGGUCCUGACUUCGGUGAAGAGCUUCCGAGCCCGCAAAGGAGACCAGCCCUGGGAGAGAAAGGGGAGGCAGCAACUCCAGCUCCGACCUUGCGUCUUCCCUCUCCUCAAGAGGCAACCGGUGCUUAGCUCUUCUCCCAGUAUCUAGAAACUGCUCCAAGCAAGAGACUUCAACAGAGCCCCUUCCCCCUUCAGAAGAGCAUCCGUGCCCGGAGAAAUAAAUACCAUGACACUGCUUCUGAGAUUUUAUUUCAUGCUCUUGGCUCUUAGCACAUGCCUCAUCCUUACAGUUCAGGCAGAUUGCAGCAAAGACUGUACAUUCUGUACCCGACUGGCAUUCCAUGCCAACAUCAAACCUCUGGUGUGUACACUAGAAUGUGAAGGAAAGCUGCCUUCUGCCAAUGCCUGGGAAACCUGCAAGGAGCUCCUACAACUAACUAAACUGGAUCAUUCCCAGGAAGGAAAUGGUGCUCUAGGGGACAACCCAAAAGAGCAGGAUGAGAGUCAUUUGCUAGCAAAAAAAUACGGUGGGUUCAUGAAAAGGUAUGGUGGCUUUAUGAAGAAGAUGGAUGAGCUCUAUCGUAUAGAACCAGAGGAGGAACCAAAUGGAGGAGAAAUCCUUACUAAGAGGUAUGGAGGGUUUAUGAAGAAGGACUCGGAUGAUGAUGCUUUGGCUAAUUCCUCUGAUCUGCUGAAAGAGCUUCUUGGAACAGGGGAAAUUGCUGAUGUUGGGCAUUACCGGGACAUGAAUGAUAAUGAUGGUGACAUUGCCAAAAGAUAUGGUGGCUUCAUGAGAAACAUAAGGCAUAGCCCAGAACUGGAAGAUGAUGCCAAAGAGCUGCAAAAGAGGUAUGGUGGCUUCAUGAGAAGAGUGGGAAGGCCAGAGUGGUGGCUGGACUACCAGAAACGCUAUGGUGGAUUUCUUAAGCGCUUUGCCAAUUCUCUUCUUCCUUCAGAUGAAGAUGGAGAAAGUUAUUCCAAAGAAGUUCCAGAGAUGGAAAAAAGAUACGGUGGAUUUAUGAGAUUUUAA